UUGUUUUUAUCGCGUGAAACAAAUAAAUACAUGUUGUCUUUAUAAGUAAUAGUAUCAUAGCAAUCAUAUUAAAUAAUUAAAUAAUGGAUAGAACCAUGCAAAAGCAGCUAUACGGAAUGGCGCGCGAGUCAUCACCAGGAUUUCGCCGGGUGGGUUCGCCGGCAGCCGACAGCACGCGAAAAUCAUUUUUUGGCGGCAACCCGAGCUGCAGCCCAAUGUCAGGAGGCUUGAAGAAGACGGCAUUGAGCAACAGCCGGCUUAGUUUGUCUGUGCGUUCCACUCAGUCGAUACCCGGCAUCCGGUCGGACUAUAAUGUUGUGGAGAGCUUUGGCUUCCCCCUGCCCGUCGUUGUGAACGAGGCCCUGACGUUUGUGGGAGCUGCUGCGGGAAGCGUUUCUGCAAAGGUUGCCCAGAAUGGUUGGGCAUGGGUUGUGCACGGCCGCCGACUGCUGAUUUGGCAGUACAAAGAGUCGUCCAAGCAGACUUCGCCUCGCAAUGCCAAGCAUCCCAGGAGGGGAGGCGGCUUGUCGCAGUGCCGCGAGCUGCAGCUGCCCUACUCCGAUUUGUUGUACAACAGCGAGUUGAUUAGUGUAUUCCAGACAGAGGGUCAGCAAAUGGCCUCCUGCAUAGCCGUCUCUGCCACCGGAGAUGUGCGCUAUUGGUCGUCCAUUGCCCAUGAUGGGAACAAUGUGAAUCUGGCAAUCAUGGCCGGCCAGGACUUUGUUCAGCUGAUCACUCUGCCCGCGCAGCAGGGCUACCUUGCUGUGACGACGACCUGCAAUUUGGUUUUCCUCAAAGUAGCCCUCACCAAUGGCCGGUACACGCUGCACCAGAAGAUUAUUAAGCCGGCAACCAGUUUACUUGGUGGAUUUGGCAAGAAAUUCGCCUCCAUGUUGAUUGGAAUGAACACGGGCGGCGACAAGGAUCCGCUCUUGGUUGGCGUGUGCUGUGAGAGAAACUCGUCUGAGGGUGAAACGGUUGUGGCUGUGCUCUCGGAUCGUUCGAUCCAGCGCUGGAGUCUGUCAAACAAGGGGAACCAAGAAAGUUUGCUCUACGAGGAUGCCGAGUUGGUGCGCAAGAUUCGCGAAGAGUUUAAGCAAAAAUUCUGGAAUAUCCGUCUGCCCGCGGACAAUGUGGAACUCGAGCUGCAGCUGCUGGACUUCCACAUCGUUAAUGAGAAGGCUUACAUACUGGCCGGAGCUGUGAACGCUGUCCAUGCACCACAAAUGUGCUAUGCCGUUGCUGUGGCCAGUGCCCAAGCGGACAGCAUGCUGCUGGAGUCAUUCACGCCACUGAAGUUCAACAAAUUCUACAGCGCCAAGACCAAAGAGGAUUGCGUCAGUCUGCGCUUCAUUAUAGGCAGCAGCCACAUCUACCUCUACACCCCAAAGGUGGUCUAUCCGUUGCUCUUGUCCAAUGCCGUGCCCACAGCUGAACUGGAGGCGGAGAAGAUUGAGUUCCAUCUGCACGACGAUCGAAUCCUUUGCGCCUCCGUCUGCAGUCGCCUUCCGCUGUUUUUUAGCCGCACCCACGGACUGGUUUCCAUCACGCCCGGCGAUUUUGAUGCCAACGAACUGCACAAUAUGAGCUCCUGCAAUACGCCGGAUCUGUUCUCUCCAUCCUCAUUCCAUGCUCCCGAUCAGUCAUCACUGACCGCAAUGACGGCCAGCAGCAACAAUCUGCACUUGUUCGAGCUGGAUCCGGAGGAGCUGUACAGUGAUCUAAGCGACGAAGUGGGCCAGCUAAAGGCUGCUUUUGUGUACCAUCUAAAGCGUAAUAAUAACAUGGUAAAGACUAUUGUCGGGGAACUUUUGCGCGCCGUCAAUGAGCCCGACCCCAGCGGUGCACCCAUGGAUGCCUACAAGUUGGACAGAAUUGUCAUCACAAUUGCUGAAGACUUGGCCGAGGAUUUACCCAUUGCCGAUCCACGCUGGGAGGAGGCUUUGAGCGAUCACGAGGGCAAUCGUCAUGCAUUGGGCAGCUCACGCUCCAUGCAAAUCAUCCAUCAGCUGCGUGACAAAAUCCUUGCCUUCCAGCAUUUCGUUUCGUUUCUUCAUGCCAGCGGCGUUUGGGAAAAGCUCAAUGCCAUACCCUGCGGCAGCAAUGUGCUUAAGCCGACCAGCUUUAUUCUGUCCGACAUCAGCGAGAAGAUUGUGGCUGCCAUGGCACUGCGCUCCCUGCAGGCCAAGCUGCCGAAAAUCAUCGAAAAUGCCAUCGAUGCCACGGUUGCCAUGUGGGAUGAGAAGCCCAACGGCAGCCUCACCACCCAGGAUAUAUUCUAUGUGAAGCUGUGCAAGUUUCAGUCCGUAUUCGAGUCCCUGGCCGACUUGGCGGACACUCAAAUUUCGGCCCAGAGUCAGACCACUGUGACGGUCGCCCAAUUUCUCAAUGACAUUAAUUCCAUUGUACUGGAUACGCUGGGCCAAGUGUUUGGGCACCGCGAGCAGCAGGGCAACAACUUUACACCGCACAACGACAGACUUGCCGCCUGCGAGAACCUUCCCUGGACGGCCAUGGCGGGCAGUGCCGGGGUUCGGGAUACGCUCAAUCGCCUCAUAGAGCUCAGCAUGCGCUAUGGCGCUCAGUGCGUCAGCGAGACGGAGGUGAAGCAGAAGUUGUAUCAGCAAAUCUACGAGCUGGUGGACUUGGUGCUGGAGGGUCGCAAGAGCUACUUGGACAGUGUGCGAGGCUCGGAGAAGGCCAACGUAUUGCAGCAGCAAUUUGAGGCACAGCGCAGUGAACUCAUCUCAGUGCUGAUUAAGGAUCGCAAGUACGAAUACGCCGCCAAGUUGGCUGAAAAGUAUUUGGACUUUCAGAGUCUGGUACUCAUCUGCGACGAGACCAAUGACAAGGAGCGCUUGGAUGAUUACACGCGCAAAUACGAAGAGUUUGACUUCUCGCAGUUUGCCAUCAGCUGGCACUUGAGGCAGCAUCGGCACGGCGAGGUAUUCGAACGCUUCAAGGGCAACCAGUUGGCGCUGGCACAGUUCAUGCGCGACCAUCCAUCGCUGGGCUGGAUUCAGCUAAUAUUCAACGGCGACUACGAGCGUGCGGCAAAGGUGCUGUACGAGCUGGCGCAAAACGAAAAGGAGAUUGUGGCGCGCAAGAAGUCAAUGUUGUCACUGGCCAAACUGGCUGCUUUUGCGGCACCCGACUCCGAUCUGACGGCCCAAGUGGAGAAGAUAAAUGCUGAUCUAACGCUCAUCGAGUAUCAGUCGCAGCUGAGCCAUGACGUGCUACAAAACUUUGGCCUUGACCCAGUAGAACAGAAAGUGCUCAAAGCAGAGGAUAUAAUCGAUCUAUAUAUCGCGGAGGAAAACGACACCGCCACCGAAGCGGAGUUUGGCAAGGCCUUGGAGCUGCUGAGCUUUGUGGAGCAGCCCUACGAUCUGCGCCACAAGAUCUGGUGUGCGGCCAUACGCCGCGACAACUGGAUCGACUAUGACCCCAAUAAUGCCGUGGAAUACAUGCAGAAGCUGCUCUUCUUCAAAAUCAUUGAAAUCUCGGAGCUGAUGGGCCAGGAGAGCGACAACUUUCUGCCGCCCAUGGAGGAGUUCCUGGAGAGCACCGAGCUGGACGAGCUGCCGCAGAACAAGUCGUUCCAGUACCUCCUGAAACUGACCUACGAAUAUGUGGCCGACUUGUUCAAACAGCCAGACGACAUGGAAGUCUAAUUAUGCUGCCUGCCUACCCACAAGCAUUUACAUUUAUUAAAGUUUACGUUAAGAGUUCAA